CUGCACUCGUGUCUCUACACUCUCUCUCUCUCCCAAUAUCGACAUCAACAAACUCACUAUCUUCCAAACGAAAGGGACGAGCACAGAGUUGAUGAAUAAGAACGAACUCCCUCCAUUAAUACCAGAAGAAGUGGAAGAAAACGACGGCGAUACCACGUAACCAACUAGGCAAGAGGUGGCGUGUCGUCUCCGGCGUAGGAUAGCUUUCCUCUCUGUCCUACAUUUUGAUUCCCUUCCUUCAUAAUCUGUUUUUACAAAGCGGGUAAGCAACAAUCAGAAAACAAAAAAAGCAUCAAAACAAGCCGAAGCAACAGCGAUGGGAAUGUUUCAAGAAAAUGUUUUAUAAAAACACUGUGCUUAAAGCAAAAAACAAGAGUUCAAAGGAGGGAGCUGGAAGCUGUUGCGAACAUGAGAGAAACUGAAAUUCUGAUUGUUUUGGUUUUGGUGGUCGGAGUUCUUGCUACGACGUCGUUUCCCGCCAAUGUGACGUACGAUCAUCGGGCGUUGGUUAUCGACGGCCAGCGGAAACUCUUGAUUUCCGGCUCUAUUCACUAUCCUCGCAGCACUCCCGACAUGUGGCCGGACCUUAUUCAGAAAUCGAAAGACGGAGGUUUAGAUGUAAUCGAGACUUACGUUUUCUGGAACUUGCAUGAACCAGCUCGAAACCAGUAUGAUUUUGAAGGCAGAAAUGAUUUGGUUAAAUUUGUGAAACUGGUGGCUGAAGCUGGUCUUUACGUUCAUCUGCGGAUUGGUCCUUACGUCUGUGCUGAGUGGAACUAUGGAGGAUUUCCUCUUUGGUUGCAUUUUGUGUCCGGAAUUAAGUUUCGAACUGAUAAUGAGCCAUUCAAGGCAGAAAUGAAACGAUUCACGGCCAAGAUUGUGGACAUGAUGAAGCAAGAAAAUCUCUAUGCAUCCCAAGGCGGACCCAUUAUCUUAUCUCAGAUUGAGAACGAGUAUGGGAACAUUGAUUCAGCAUAUGGGCCAGCUGGCAAAACUUAUAUCAAGUGGGCAGCAACCAUGGCAACUUCUUUGGAUACAGGGGUGCCCUGGGUGAUGUGCCAGCAAGCAGAUGCUCCUGAUCCAUUGAUUAACACUUGCAAUGGGUUUUACUGCGACCAAUUCACCCCAAAUUCUGAUAAGAAACCAAAAAUGUGGACUGAGAAUUGGACGGGAUGGUUCCUUGCAUUUGGGGGUGCUGUCCCCUAUAGACCUGUGGAAGACAUUGCUUUUGCUGUAGCACGUUUUUUCCAGCGAGGGGGAACCUUUCAGAAUUACUAUAUGUACCAUGGUGGAACUAACUUUGACCGGACUAGUGGUGGACCUUUCAUUUCUACAAGCUAUGAUUAUGAUGCUCCAAUUGAUGAGUAUGGACUUCUUAGACAACCGAAGUGGGGCCACCUAAAAGAUGUUCAUAAGGCCAUAAAGCUUUGUGAAGAGGCAAUGUUAGCAACUGAUCCAACAAUAACUUCUUUAGGCUCAAAUUUAGAGGCCGGUGUUUACAAAACUGGAUCAGGGUUAUGCUCUGCUUUUCUUGCCAACUUUGGUACCCAAUCGGAUGCAACUGUGAAUUUUAGCGGCAAUUCAUAUCGCUUGCCUGCAUGGUCUGUGAGCAUCUUACCUGACUGCAAGAACGUAGUGCUUAAUACUGCAAAGAUAAAUUCCAUGACGACGAUUCCACGAUUCUCCACUCUAUCUUUGAAAGAUGGCAUCAGCUCUGAAGCAUUCCCGGAUGAUUGGAGUUGGGUUAAUGAACCAGUGGGUAUCUCCAGUAACAGUGCAUUCAAUAAACUUGGAUUGUUGGAGCAAAUAAAUACUACAGCCGAUAUAAGUGACUAUCUGUGGUAUUCACUUAGCACUGACAUUACAGGUGAUGAGCCUUUCCUUCAAGGUGGAUCUCAAACAGUUCUUCAUGUGGAAUCACUUGGCCAUGCCAUUUACGGAUUUAUUAAUGGGAAGCUUGCAGGGAGUGGAAAAGGCAGUUACAACAAUCCCAAGGUUACCAUUGAGGUUCCUGUCACACUCAUACCUGGAAAAAACAGAAUCGAUCUCUUAAGUUUGACUGUGGGACUUCAGAAUUAUGGCGCAUUCUAUGAUUUAUCGGGUGCUGGGAUCACCGGUCCAGUGCAGCUCAAAGGCUCAAAAAACAACUCUACUAUUGACCUCUCGUCAAAGCAAUGGACGUACCAGGUUGGACUUAAAGGGGAAGCAUUGGGUCUGCCUAAAGGAAGCUCCUCACUUUGGUUAUCACAGUCUAAUUUGCCUAAGCAGCAACCAUUGAUAUGGUACAAGACAACUUUUGACACCCCCACCGGCAAUGAUCCAGUUGCGCUAGACUUCACAGGCCUGGGCAAGGGUGAAGCAUGGGUGAAUGGACAAAGCAUUGGGCGUUAUUGGCCAACUUAUAACGCACCGAAUGGUGGAUGCACCGACUCUUGCAAUUAUAGAGGACCUUACAAUUCAAACAAAUGCCUCAAGAAUUGUGGGAAACCAUCUCAGCUGCUGUACCAUGUACCUCGGUCUUGGUUGCAACCAACUGGGAACAUUCUCGUACUGUUUGAGGAAAUGGGAGGGGAUCCGACGCAGAUAUCUUUUGCCACCAGACAGGUGCAAAGUUUGUGCUCCAGAGUGUCUGAGUCUCACCCAAUUCCUGUGGACAUGUGGACCUCAGACCAAAACACAGGAAGCAAAUCAGGACCCACACUAUCACUCGAAUGCCCUAUCCCGACUCAGGUCAUUUCUUCUAUCAAGUUUGCGAGCUUUGGAACUCCUCUAGGGGCAUGUGGAAGUUUUAGUCAUGGUCGAUGCAGCAGCACCAGAGCUCUUUCCAUCGUACAGCAGGCUUGCAUUGGAUCAAGUAGUUGCAGCCUUGGAGUGUCGAUUGAUACAUUUGGCGAUCCAUGUGUAGGAGUGGCAAAGAGUUUAGUGGUAGAAGCUUCAUGUGCAUGAGGAAAUUCUACACUAUAGCUUUGGCCUCUUCGGGAUAAAUAUGCAAAGCAUUGUCCCCAAGUAAGUGUGUAAUGGAAUAAGAAUCUUGAUUGGCCAAUGCUCAAAGAAACUAGAAAUAAUUUGAUACCCAAAAAAGAAAAAGUGUCUUAGAGAUAUCUUGCUUGCGUAUCCUUCAAUAAAAAAAAAGAAAACACAGCUAAAAAUAUGCAGUUUUAAACCCCAAGAGGUAGCUCAGUGGAGACAAAGGUAAGUUGUAAAUUUGCGUUAUGAGUUCAAAACUUGACACAUCUUUUGGAGUCAGAUUAUGAGAG